AGAAGAAGUCAGUUGCGUGUUUGCUUUCGAACCAUUAAAACGUCUUGGCUUCUUCUCUUUUAUCAUCUUGUAACUGUCAACGUUUUAAAAGCGUCACACGCCUCUUCACGUGUACCCCCUUUUUCAUUGUCAAAAUAAUUAGAUUCAAAAACUUUUAUCAAAAUUUCUUUUGUGUGAUAACCAAGUGAUCCCAAAGUGCCGCAACUUAAUUUUAAAAACAAAAUAAAUUGAAGACCGGCGCGGCGCGGAGAUUAAGGCUGUCCUUUGAAGCAAACACAUCAUAUUUAUACAUACAUAUAUUAAUGUUCAUAAGUACGUAUGUUAAUAAGUUAUAACAUUUAUUAAAAGUUGAAACAGGCUACAUCUUAAAAUGACAUCUUCGGCUGUAUUCGUAAUUUUAUUGUUCACAUUAGAAAGUUUUCAUGCCACGCCGAAUGUGUGUGUUGAAAAUUUAGGGUGCUUACAAGGUACUUUUAUGCCUGGCUUCCAAAGUGAUAAAUUCGAAGCUUUUAUGGGAGUUCCUUUCGCACAGCCUCCUGUUGGUGAAUUGAGAUUUAGUAAUCCUAAACCAAUUAAACCGUGGGAAGGCAUUCUUGAUGCAACUAAAGCCAGGCCCGAUUGCAUUCAAAAAAAUUAUUUAUUACCUCAACCAUUUGUCAGUGGGGACGAAGAUUGUUUAUAUCUGAACAUAUACCGACCUACAAAAAAUGAUAACAAACCAGUUCCAGUCAUGGUUUAUAUAUUUGGCGGAGGUUUUUUUUCCGGAACUGCAAGUCCCCUGAUUCAUGGACCCGAAUAUUUUAUGGACACUAAGGAGGUGAUUCUUGUGACAUUAGCUUACCGCUUGGGUGCUUUGGGUUUUCUUUCAACUGGAGAUAUUAAUAUGCCUGGAAAUUUUGGACUUAAAGAUCAAAACCUAGCGUUGAAAUGGGUCCAGAAUUAUAUUUCAUACUUUGGUGGCGAUGCUGGAAAUGUCACAAUAUUUGGACAGAGUGCAGGUGCUGUAUCCGUUCACAUGCACAUAUUAAGUGAUUUAUCAUCAGGACUCUUCAAAAGAGCAAUAGUAAUGAGUGGUAACGCUGGUGCACCUUAUGCUACUCCAAUUUCCAAUCCACUUGCACAAGCUCGUAAGCAAGCUGAACUUGUUGGAAUCCCAGAUGCAAAUAGCAUGAGUUCAGAAGAACUCACAAAAGCUCUGCGAGAAAUUGACGCCACAAAAAUAAUCGAAUCUGGUGAUGGAUUCAAAUAUUGGCAUGUAGAUCCUCUGACAACAUUCCGACCAGUAAUCGAAGAACCUUCACCUGAUGCAUUUUUGACUGUUGACCCUUCUGAAUUAAUCGCUUCUGGACGCUACACCCAAGUGCCUUGGAUGACAGGUAUGGUCCCCAAUGAGGGGGCUGUUAGAGCCCUAUCUAUCAUCUCUAAUGAAACAUUGCGCAGUGACUUCAAUAAUAAUUUCGACGAUUUCAUCGGAAAGCUUAUGGAGUUUCCAUUUACAGAAGGCGUCGAUUCGAAAAUUAAUGAUCUUAUUAAUCAUUACUUUUAUGGAAUCCACGAACUAAACGAGAAAACUACUCAAAAUUUCGUUGAUAUGAUCACUGAUCGAGCUUUUGUGCAGCCGUUUUAUAAAAAUAUAAAACAGUAUGUUGAAACAGCUGACCUUAAAAAUAAUCCAGUAUUCCUCUACCGAUUCAACUACCGUGGUCCAUUUUCUUAUUCAACAUUAUACACCGGAAACUUCAAUAACUAUGGCGUAGUGCAUUGUGAUGAUCUUAUAUACCUCUUCCGUUCCCCUUUGUUGUUCAGUGUUGAUUUUGACAAGAACUCAGUUGAAGCCAAGGUACUUAAGGAGAUGGUAGACACUUUCGUGUCAUUUGCUAAAACAGGUCGACCCAAGGGAACAAGUGAUAGCAGUUUAGCAGAAUGUAAUAGUCAAGUAAUGAGCAAAACAGAUGAUAACAAAAUUUGUUCGUACAAGGAGAUUAAAAACUCGAUAAACGGAUUUUCGGUUAAAAUAGACAAUUAUUUUGACAUUGCCAAAGUAAAGCUUUGGGACAGAAUACUUAAUAAUAAUUGAUUUAUUAAUAUAUUUUUUAUGUGACUCAA